AUGGACGCCUCCGUGGCUCUCAAUCGAGCUGCUCUAAAUGAGUUUAUCACACGUCCCGUAUCACGGGAGAUGGUCGCAUAUCUGGCCCAGCAGGCUUCUUUGGUCAUCCGCUGCGAGUCGCAUGUGACCUCUGCUGUCAGCCGUCACGGCCAGCAUACACCUCCGAGCACACCUCCACUGGAUGACUUGCCUCCCCUGCCUUCUCUGGAGACAUUCAUUACCUCGCUAGUCACCCGGUCGUCGGUGCAGGUCCCCACGCUGAUGACUUCCCUGGUCUACCUGGCUCGUCUGCGCGCCCGCCUCCCCCCCGUCGCCAAGGGGAUGCGGUGCACCGUCCACCGGAUCUUCCUGGCCUCGCUGAUUCUGGCUGCGAAGAACCUGAACGACUCGAGUCCAAAGAACAAGCACUGGGCCCGCUAUACGGCGGUCAAGGGAUACGAUGGUUUUUCAUUCUCCCUGCCCGAGGUCAACCUGAUGGAGCGCCAGCUGCUGUUCCUCCUGGAAUGGGACACCCGCGUCGCCGAGGACGAUCUGUUCCAGCAUCUCGAGCCCUUCUUGGCUCCCAUUCGUCAGCACUACCAGGCAAGGGCUGAAGCGCACGCCAAGGCCCAGGAACGCGAGGCAGAGCUGCGCCGCCAACAACAGCACCAGCAUCACCGUGAAUGGCGCCGACUCCAUGCUUCUGCCGAGCUUCUCGCCAAUCGCCUUCGCCGCCAGAAACUUGAGGCGCGCGCAGAUGCUCGUCGCAGCAUGGUAGAGGGUGGAUCGCCCCGCCGCCGUCUCCCCAGCCACGUCUCCUCAUCGAGCCUCAGCGGCUCGCCGCAGUCCAUCGGUGACAGCGACCGGUACGCCCCGUACCAUCCUCACCAUCAGCGCCUGCGUACCCCGCCCCACCGCUCCGGCCGUUCCAUCUCGCCGCCGUCUAUCACAGAUGUCCCCUGCCUCUCACGUGCGGAGACACUUAACUCGCUCAGCUCGCGCUCCUCCAGCAUCGCUCCCAGCUCCCGGGGCACGCCCGCCAGCAUCAGCACCUCUUACUCCUCCACCAGCAUGGACGAGGUCCUCGUCGCCGACGCAGCCAGCAGCCCUGCUGCCUCGUCCUUGGCCUACAGCUACGUCAACAUCCCCGUCAUGCACGCUGACAAGGCUUGCCCUGACGACUUCCACCCCCAUCAGCAACCAAACAAGAAGGUGCGCACGGCUGCCCAUGGCGGCAGCGCCGGCUUCAUGGCGAGGUUCCUGGCAUCUGCCGCAGGCUAUCAUAUGGGCGCUCGUGGCCGUGCCCAGGUUUAG